GUUGUUAAUCGAAUACUGUAUAAAACCCCAAAAAACUGAUUUGAACUUAUCCGAAAAAAAGGUUAGACAAAUGAAACUGCCCAGAAGAAACCAGAAAACACAUGGGGGAUAACUUUUGCAAGAUUUGUCGCAUGUGGGUGUCUUCAAAACUCAGUCAUUUCAUCUCUAGUUGUAUGUUGGCUUUGCUGGUUUUGAGAUCGAUCACUGUUUUCUGCUUAAUCUGGCCGCCGAUAAUGCUGUAUGUAACUCUCUACAUUAUGUGAUUGUGAUGUCGUAAUGGUGUUAAUUGUUUAUUAAUUUUUGUUGAUCAGAACCUUUUUUGUGUUGAUGAAAUUAAAUAGUAAUAAGUUUUUUUUGAUGGGUGAAGGACUUGUUUAUAUUAUCUUCUUCGCUGAUAAAAUCAGAUGGUUUAUGUUGCAUCUCUGCGAAAUUGAUAGCCCACAGCAAAGCCUUUCACAGUUGCUUUCUUAAUCAGAUACAAUCCUCCCACUUGCACAUCCAUCCGUACACAGAAAAAAAAAACCCUAUCUUUCACUCAUUAUUUUCCUUUAUUUCUCUCCACUAUACGUCUUUCUCGAAUUCUAUCUGGUAACAACAGAACGUCGUUUCAAUUUUCGUAACUUUUUUUACCAAAAAAAGGAAAACUACCCAGAGAUGAAGAGUUUGCAACUGCAUGCUGAAGAUCUACAUGCAGUUUCAAAAAAUGAAACAAACUUAGUUGGUUUUGAGGUUUUGGAGGAAGAACAAGUUCUGGGUGCCGGAGAGAGAGAGAUCUGGCUUGAUAGACCGCAGGAUGAUCUGCUUGAUAUUGAUGACGAUUCAAUUUUGUAUGGGGACUUUCCUCCUCUUCCUAAUUUUCCUUGCAUGUCGUCAUCUUCGUCAUCUUCAUCAAAUCCGGCGGCGGCGAAGGCCAUUGCUAGCUCUUCGUCUUCAUCUUCGGCAACUUCAUCUUCUUCUGCAGCGUCUUGGGCGGUUUUAAGGUCAGAUGUAGAAGAAGAUGUGGACAAAAAGAAUCAAACUGAUGAUCAAAACCGUUCAGUAGAUGCGCCACUGACUUUGUCAUCUACUACCUCCAUGGAGAUCACCCAGUUGACUGACUGUAUCGACGGCAGUGAUUGCAUGGAUGUGAUGGGGAAUUUUGGAUUCAUGGAUCUGCUUGACAGCAAUGAUUUGUUUGAUCCUUCGCCGUUAUUUCACCAUGAUGAAAACCCUCUGGAACCGUUUCAACAGGACGAUAAACCACCCCGGGAACAACCACAACUAGGACAUGCAGAUUUUAUGAUGCAAAGCAACAACGAAGAUAGCCGUGAAGGAGGGCCUUCAGAUGACUUAGCCAUGGUAUUCUUAGAGUGGCUCAAGACAAAUAAGGAGACUGUUUCAGCUGAAGACUUAAGGAGAGUGAAAAUCAAGAAAGCUACUAUAGAGAGUGCUGCCAAGCGUUUGGGUGGAGGAAAAGAAGCAAUGAAACAACUCUUGAAACUUAUACUUGAAUGGGUGCAAACUAAUCAUCUUCAAAAGAGACGCAUGAGAGAAUCAACCUCCAAUAUUCCCUACCAGCAAUAUCAGGACCCUUUCCAAAACCCUAACCCUAACCCUACGUCAAACCCAAACCUCAAUUGCAAUCCAAUCCUACAUGAUCAACCCAGCCCUUGUUUUGCUCAGUCGCCAUGGAUUGGGCAGCCGUCUUACAUUCAUGAUCCGGCAGCUGUGGUGCCCGGUUUUCCACCUAUGGUUGGUUACAUGGGUGACCCAUUUGCAAAUGGAGCAUCUAAUAUUAAUAGCCACAGUUACCCUCCUCAUACAGAUUAUCGUCAUAUGCUUGAUUCUGCUCAUUCAUGGCCAUCUUCUCAGUUUUCUAUGGCUGCUCAUUACAACUCUUUUCCGGAUAACAAUCUGCACCCUGUUCCGCCCCAUCCACUUGCAUUCACCGGAUAUGGAAAUCAGUAUACAUAUCCAUAUGUUCAUGGGCCUGGAGAUCAAAGGUUGAUGAGGUUAGGUUCUUCUGCCACCAAGGAAGCUAGAAAGAAAAGGAUGGCUAGGCAAAGAAGGCUUUCAUCGCAUCCAAGGCAUCAUCAACACAACAACGAGCAAAACCAGUUGACAAAUCAGAGUGCUGAGCAGCAUGCAACAUUUGGAAACGAUACUUGCAAUCCUGCUGCUCAUGGACAGACCGGAAACUGGGUAUUCUGGCCCUCUCCUGCUGGUGGUGCACCCUCGGCCACGCCGAUGCUGCCUCUAGACAGAUCUUCCAUGCAACCGCAGAAUUACCAGCUGCAAGUUGCUUCGGAUAGGAGACAGGGAUGGAAGCCGGAGAAGAACCUGAGGUUUUUGUUGCAAAAAGUGUUGAAGCAAAGUGACGUGGGUAACCUUGGAAGAAUUGUGUUGCCAAAAAAAGAAGCAGAAACUCAUCUCCCGGAACUGGAAGCAAGAGACGGCAUUUCUAUUGCGAUGGAAGACAUUGGAACUUCUCGUGUUUGGAACAUGCGCUACAGUUUCAGAUUCUGGCCAAACAACAAAAGCAGGAUGUAUCUUCUUGAAAACACUGGAGAUUUUGUUAGAGCAAAUGGACUUCAAGAAGGAGAUUUCAUAGUCAUAUACUCAGACAUCAAAUGUGGCAAAUAUUUGAUACGAGGAGUGAAGGUACGUCAACCAGGGCCAAAAUCUGAGACAAAGAAGCCAGGAAAAUCGCAGAGAAAUCAGCAUGCAAGCUCUCCUGCCGCUGCUGGAAAUGCUUUGUCAUCUUCACCAAUCCGUCAAACAGUAAAGUAAAAGGAGAAGAAAGACCCAAUAAACUCUAGACACCUCUCGUAUCAUGCCUGGAUUGAAGAAACAACUGGAGCGUCAGGAUUAUGUGGGGUUCUGUUGGUUUUGUCAAAACAGCUUUUGAUUCUCGGCCCACAACUUCAACUUUUUUGUUUCUCGAAUCAGAUCUAAACUGUCAAGGCUAUUAAAGGGCUUUGCUUUCGUCAACAAUGCGUUACGAUCGCAGCGUUCAACUCCGGCGGCGGCGGAUGGAUCCUUGUAAUGUGUUAUAAAGUACAGAAUUUGUGUAGUGUAUUAUGUGGUAUUAACGUGUUUAUUAUUAUGAGGGUGUGCUUUAAUUGAUCAUUUUAAGGCAUACCAUUGUGUUUAUUGUCAAUGUUAAUUAUACUUUUGUUA